UUGUAGCUGCUGUCACCAUAGACUUAAACAGGGCGCGCAGCUGUGACCGGUCCCAAAUAUGGCGGCGAUAGAAUACAGUGACGUCACAUGAAACCCAUGUAUAGACUACUUAUGAGUUAUUAGUCCUGAUGUGAAGGAUUUCCAACGGACACAGCAGCGCAUGAAGUGGGCGGAGCUUCGGUUGCCGCUGAAAUGAACGGCGCUCUGAAGCGCGCGGAGUCCAGGCACGCGUCGCUAUACACGCACCUGACGACAACGGUCGCCGCUCGAGCUGUGAUGAUGUUAGUCAAGGUCUCUUCACACGUGAUCACUCUCAUCACUUCACCAUGCAGACCUGCUUCUGCACUCAGCUGUCUUAUUUUAUGCAGGAUAAUGCAGCGAGCCCAGACAUCCAGUCACCUAAUGAAGAUCUGUUGGACUUUGCCACAGGGGAGUGUCAGUCAUCUGUCCCACAUGAAGUGUCAGAGCAAACAGAUCUCUCUCUAGAGCUGCUUCAUGCCACUCUCAGGAGAAAGCAAGAGGAAAUAUCUGCCCUGAAGGUGGCGAAUGCCCAGCUGAGAAAUUUGGCUAAACAGACUGAGCAUUACACUACAUUACUAGAUCACAGUAACAAAAAUGCUGACUUGACCAAUCAGAAGCCAGGACUGCAGGCUUCGUUCCAGAGAGACUUAGUCUCACACUGUACCUCAGUGAGUCCAACAGAGGACCAUUCUUCUGAACACUGCUGGAUCUCUCUGCUGACACAGGAAGAGCCAUCGGAUCCAUCUUCCACAGCUUUAACUAACUCCACCACUGCUGACACACAAAGCCCAACAUCAGGGGUCAAGCGGCAGCUGUGGUCCAGCUGGAAUGAGCUUCUCUGUGAAGAUGCCGAGGACUGUCCGUCAGGUUCCAAGUGGCUCAGGCUUGAUAAUGAACUUGUACAGGUAGACUUGGAGCAUCUGAAGGCCCAGCUGGACCAGGAUGAACAGACUCCUCAACAACUAAUAGAAGAUUCAACGCUGACUCAGAAUCAAAGCCUAGAGAUGUCCUCUGAAGGGCUGAUUGCACAGAGGAAGAACAUAUUUGGGGCUUUCCAUGGACUUCUGGUGGUUACGGAAACCCCAUCCAUCAAGUCUGAUCUGAACAUGAACAGUGAUGAUGGGAAAGUUGUGUGCUUCAAGACCGCAAUCAGAGACCACAGUACAGUAAAGACAAAGGUUUUCCCACAUGGAAAGGCAUUCACCUCUCACACACCAAGUGGAUCUUGUCGGUUCCUUUGGGUUCCUAAUGAGCACUGAACAGAUGUAUGAUUCAAAGUGUAUUCUAUGUUUACACCAGCCAGACCUUAUUUGAGCAAGGCUGUUUCUGAAUUCCCACACCUUCAUAGUAUGUACUGAAUUCUAUGAAGAUCUUCUCAGCCAUUGGUCAACCAUAAGGCCCGUUCACACCAAGAACGAUAACUAUAACGAUGACUAUAUUAGCGUCCACACCAACAGACAAUAUUGUUGUUUAUUGUAAGUGUGCGCUGCAGUUUUGUCUUCUGCCACUUUAAAAGCUCAAGCUCUUUAAAGCAGGAUGGAUUCAUCAGCUGGAAAACAAUUUCUGAAAGUGAUUACAACAAUAUUGUUCCUUUGUGCUGUUAUUCUUACAGUUGUGGUGUGGACUCUGCUAUUCUGUUACAUUUAGAAUGAUUUUUACAACUAUCUUUAUCAUUAUAGUUAUCGUCCUUAGUGAGAACAACCUUAAAGGUGCUAAAGAGGAUCUUUGCGU